AUGAAGACCAAAGGACCCCUACUCACCAUCCUAGGUGCUGGCGCCUGGCUGGACCGCACCGGUGCAACCUCGCAAUGCUCGAGACAACAAAACCAAAACUUUAUAUCGCACCACGAACCAGCGCCGUUGUGCCACAUCACAGACGUCAGACCGGAUCCGGGAAGACAGCUGCAGUCUUCGUAUUUCGACCAUCCAGUCUGGUCCCAUGAGCCAUGGUGUGUGGCCGCAAAAGGCGGCUCAAAGUACUGCACGCACACGACAGCAAACUUUCGUCUCGGCCAUGGCUUGAGUGUCAUUGCGAACUCCAGAGCCGCAGAUGCAAUUUCGACAGCCUUCUCUUUCUCGAGACAGGUGGAGCAGGUGUCUGAAGAGGGUCUCCAUGUCCAGUCCUUGCCUGGAAAAGGAAAGGGCCUCAUCACUGCACGGCCAAUGGCAAAGGGACAAACAAUCUUGCUCGACUCACCCAGGAUCAUCGCAAGCGCACAGUUCCCCGCUCUCGUCACACAUUCGCAAGGCCAGUCGCUUUUCAAGACGGGGUUGGACCAGCUGCCUGCCACGGACCAAGACUCCGUACUGUCGUUAGACAUGAGCCUGGGAGGAACAGCUAUCGAGAACGUCAUGAAGACCAAUGCAUUUGCCUGCCAAAUCAAUGAUGGGAGGAUUGACGAUGCGUACAUGUGUCUCUUCCCUUCUGUAGCCAGAAUCAACCAUGCCUGCAUUCCCAACGCUCACGCACGGUUCAUACCACGGACAUUGUUGAUGGAGGUUAAAGCAGUACGGGACAUUGCCGUUGGCGAAGAGAUCAGCAUAUCAUACGGGAAGAUCGAGCUCCAGUCCAACGAGCGCAAGAAGCUCUACCAACAAGGGUGGAACUUUACGUGUACCUGUUCGCUCUGUACAGCAUCGUCUUAUGAGAUUGCGGAGAGCGAUCAGCGGCGUGCCCGGUUCACGCAGCUACGAAAGGCACUCGAAAACUUGACGCCAGAAACGUUUGAUGCGCAACAGGUUGUCGCCUGGGAGAAAGAGAUCAUGGAGCUGAGUAAGCAAGAAGGGCUUGAUAUCUUGCUUGCAGGUGACUAUGAACGACUAGCAUAUGUGUAUGCUGGUCAUGGAAUGUUAGAGGACGCGAAGCUUUGGGCAUUGAAGGCGAAAGAGAGUCUGACCGAUUGGAAGGUUGCGGAGGGAGGGCCGGAUAACGAGAUAGUGAGGAUCAUGGGACUGCUGGAGGAGCUUGAUGGUUGA